CCUGCGCGAGGGCGGGCGACGGGCGCGCGCGCGCGCGGCGGGGGCGGGCUCUCCUGAGCGCCCAGCUGUAGCCGCCAAGCCGGACGUGUCCGCGAAGAUGGCGGGCCGGACUAUGCAAGCUGCAAGAUGUCCUACAGAUGAAUUAUCUUUAACCAACUGUGCAGUUGUGAAUGAAAAGGAUUUCCAGCCUGGCCAGCAUGUGAUUGUAAGGACCUCUCCCAACCACAGGUACACAUUUACAUUGAGGACCCAUCCAUCGGUGGUUCCAGGGAGCAUUGCAUUCAGCUUACCUCAGCGAAAAUGGGCUGGACUUUCUAUUGGGCAAGAAAUAGAAGUAUCCUUGUAUACAUUUGACAAGGCCAAACAAUGCAUUGGCACAAUGACCAUCGAGAUUGAUUUCCUGCAGAAAAAAAGCAUUGACUCCAACCCUUACGAUACUGACAAGAUGGCAGCAGAAUUCAUUCAGCAGUUCAACAACCAGGCAUUCUCAGUGGGACAGCAGCUUGUGUUUAGCUUCAAUGAAAAACUUUUUGGCUUGCUGGUAAAGGACAUCGAAGCCAUGGAUCCUAGCAUCCUGAAGGGAGAGCCUGCGACAGGUAAAAGACAGAAGAUUGAAGUAGGACUGGUUGUUGGGAACAGUCAGGUUGCAUUUGAAAAAGCAGAAAAUUCAUCACUCAAUCUUAUUGGCAAAGCUAAAACCAAGGAAAAUCGCCAGUCUAUCAUCAAUCCUGACUGGAACUUUGAAAAAAUGGGAAUAGGAGGUCUGGACAAAGAAUUUUCAGAUAUUUUUCGACGAGCAUUUGCUUCUCGAGUAUUUCCUCCAGAGAUUGUGGAGCAGAUGGGUUGCAAACAUGUUAAAGGCAUCCUGUUGUACGGGCCUCCAGGUUGUGGUAAGACUCUCUUGGCUCGACAGAUUGGCAAGAUGUUGAAUGCAAGGGAGCCCAAAGUGGUCAAUGGGCCAGAAAUCCUUAACAAAUAUGUGGGAGAAUCAGAGGCUAACAUUCGUAAACUCUUUGCUGAUGCUGAAGAGGAGCAAAGGAGGCUUGGUGCUAACAGUGGUUUGCACAUAAUCAUCUUUGAUGAAAUUGAUGCUAUCUGCAAGCAGAGAGGGAGCAUGGCUGGUAGCACAGGAGUUCAUGACACUGUCGUCAACCAGUUGCUGUCCAAAAUUGAUGGGGUAGAGCAACUGAACAACAUCUUAGUCAUUGGAAUGACCAAUAGACCAGAUCUGAUAGAUGAGGCUCUCCUUCGACCUGGAAGACUGGAAGUUAAAAUGGAGAUAGGCUUACCAGAUGAGAAAGGUCGAUUACAGAUCCUUCAUAUCCACACAGCACGGAUGAGAGGGCAUCAGUUACUCUCUGCUGACGUAGACAUUAAAGAACUGGCUGUAGAGACCAAGAAUUUCAGUGGUGCUGAACUGGAAGGUCUGGUGCGGGCGGCACAGUCCACUGCUAUGAACCGACACAUUAAGGCCAGUACUAAGGUGGAAGUGGACAUGGAGAAAGCAGAGAGCCUGCAGGUGACAAGAGGAGACUUCCUUGCUUCUUUGGAGAAUGAUAUCAAACCAGCAUUUGGCACAAACCAAGAGGAUUAUGCAAGUUACAUUAUGAAUGGUAUUAUCAAAUGGGGUGAUCCAGUUACUCGAGUUCUGGAAGAUGGGGAGCUGCUGGUUCAACAGACUAAAAAUAGUGACCGUACACCACUGGUUAGCGUCCUUUUGGAAGGCCCUCCUCAUAGUGGGAAGACUGCUUUAGCAGCAAAGAUUGCAGAGGAAUCCAACUUCCCCUUCAUCAAGAUCUGUUCUCCUGAUAAGAUGAUUGGCUUUUCUGAGACAGCCAAGUGUCAGGCCAUGAAGAAGAUCUUUGAUGAUGCGUACAAAUCCCAGCUUAGUUGUGUGGUUGUGGAUGACAUUGAGAGACUGCUUGAUUAUGUACCUAUUGGCCCUCGAUUUUCUAAUCUGGUAUUACAGGCUCUUCUCGUGUUACUCAAAAAGGCACCUCCUCAGGGCCGAAAGCUUCUUAUCAUUGGGACCACUAGCCGUAAAGAUGUCCUUCAGGAGAUGGAGAUGCUGAACGCCUUCAGCACCACCAUCCAUGUGCCCAACAUUGCCACAGGAGAGCAGCUGUUGGAGGCUCUGGAGCUUUUGGGCAACUUCAAAGAUAAGGAACGUACCACAAUUUCACAGCAAGUCAAAGGAAAGAAGGUCUGGAUAGGAAUUAAGAAGUUACUAAUGCUAAUUGAGAUGUCACUACAGAUGGAUCCUGAAUACCGUGUAAGAAAAUUCUUGGCCCUCUUAAGAGAAGAAGGAGCUAGCCCCCUGGACUUUGAAAAUGGACUCUUUGCACACACACAGUGACCAAGGGAAGUGACCAAGGUGAAGAUGGCCUGGGAUCUUCACUCAGCUUACUCAAGAUCCUGGACAAAGUGAAAUGUUCCUUACCUUCAACAUGUGCUCAUUCUGCAUGAUUAGUGCAAUAAAACUCCCUUCCUUGUGCUUACUCAGAUAUUCUGCUGUUUUGUGGAAGGUACAAAUUUGCUCUAGAAUGCUAUGCUUACCUCUCUGUGCAAUCUAAUUCCUUCUUUCUCAGUCUUUAAGUGUGGGAGAUAUGCUGCACUAGUGAACACUACACAUUUUAAGCUCCCUACCACCAUCACCACCCAAAAACUACCAAUAAAUUGUAAUGAUAUUGCAAGACAAUAUUCGGCCUGUUAGAAGUAAGACUUUCUAGAUAUAAAUGGAACAGUGACUAGAGGUAUGGAUUCGUCUUACAACUCGCCUGUGUGAACACUAAAUGUGCUUGGGUAUUUUGUUAAAGGUUCUCCCAAAAAACUGGUUGUUAUCUUUGCCUGAAGAAACAGGACUCUGAAUUUCCAAGACCCUGUUCUCAUUUUCAGAGAGGUUUCCAAGUUGCAGUCAGGAGGUCUUUCUUAAUAGGAAGUCUGAUCAUUACUGUGUUGGCUGUUGCUUAUGAUUUGGGAAAGACCUAUAUGGAGAAAGCAUACACCCCUAAACAGAAAGAAGUCAUUAAGUAAAGUCAUUUAUAAACCUAACAGCACUUAGUGUCUAAUUCUAAAUGGGAAAUAACUUUAUAAUAAAAGCUUAUUAUUAGUUUCACCAUUUUCCUUCUUCCUCAGCUUAAUGACUUAGAAUUUAUUCUUCCUUUAUUUCAAACCCUCUGUGCUAUCUAGCACCAAAAUAAAACACUAUUCUCCAGAAGAAACAGCUUUUUGACCCUCACCCUGAGUCUUUUAAAAUCCAUUCCAGUACAUUUAACACACUUCCUUUCCCCUCUACACCUUUCUUCCAAAGGGAAGGAGAACCAGUGAUGUUUGUUUUCUAUCUGAGUCAGGAAGAACGAAUCAGGUCAUCAUAUCUGUGAUGAGACUUACGGAGCACACCACUCUCUCCUGACUCCAGCUUCAGGUGCAGGGACAAGCAGUCAGCAACCACCUGAUGGUGCUUCACGUCAUUCGUGAGGUUUGUGGCCACAGUGGCACUUGGGUGUAGCUCUGUCAUUUGUCCUAUAUGGUAGACGGCAGAUUACCUCCAGAUCCUGCCAUCUGUAUAUUUUUGGUUGACUUCCAUGUCAUCUCUACUUCGUUUUGGGCUUUCAUCCCUAGCUUAUUUUGUGGCUUUUUAAAAAGUUGAUUUUUUUGUAUUGUGUAAUUCUGUGAUCCCUGAUGGCCAGUACCCCGGGUCCCCUGACCUGCCAUGCAACUUGCCUCUUUUCUCCUCCCAGAAAGCAACACACACUGUAUUAACUUAUGGCUCUCAUUAAAUGAGGUUCAUGUCUUUGUGUUUUGUCCAAAACUAUAUUGGAAAAUAUAAAUAUAUUGUUUCAUGCAAAUGAAGGAAUGCAAUAAAGAGUAUCUACACUUGAAAAUA